CUGGAUUUCAUGGCGGCUUGGACCCAAGUUAGCUUGACCCCAAACUCACAGUCAGCACUGCUGCUAGCGGGAUAGUGUAAGAACACGGCUGGGCAGGGCUGCCGUGUUCUUUCAGCAAUUGGGGCUUCCACUAAUUGCGUUGAACAGGCACAAGCGCCCGCUGCGGUUUUGGCAUGGCAUUUGCGGACACUUUUGAUACAAAGCUGGGGUGCUGCGAGUUCCUGUGCAGCUAAAUUGUUAGAGCUGAGUUGCAAUUAGUUGGGAAUGUGGCCGCCCGGCUUGCUUCUAUCCAUGUUGACCUGAAACAGUCAGAGAAUCUGCCCAGGGGCCAGAACGCAUAAUUAUUGCAAGACGCACCUGAAUCUGGAGCUUCAGACCGAGACAGGGCAGGCUCCUUCACUUCUGAAGACACUUACAAAUAUUUGAAAGCUCGGCAGAUACUCUGAUGUGUUGUUUGACAAAGUAGUCAGUGUCGUUCGAGUGUUGUCCCGUAGGUGCCCUUUACUGCAUCUAUUGGCCCAACACCCUAAAUUGAUCACCUUAGCAAGCUGGCCGCUCUUGUUGCCUUAGACUCCGGCGCACUCUUUCCAUCUGAGCUGGGCGCCCCCCCCCUUCCUGCCCCCCUGCUUGCGGCUGGCAUGGGCCCCAUCAAGAAGGUGGGCAUCCCUGCGCACCUCAAGUGCUGCGUGGCGGCCCCCAAGACCACCGAAAACCUGAGCGCGCGUGACGAAGUUGGAGCGGGGGGGUUCUCGCGUGAGCUAUGGCUCAACGAGCCCGAGCGGAGCGCAGCCUCCAGGUACCCGUUGAAUCGCACGAGCACCACCAAGUACACCCUGCUCACCUUCUUCCCCAAGGGCCUCUACGAGCAGUUCCGGCGGCUGGCCAACCUCUACUUCCUCUUCUCCGCUGCCAUCUCCCUCACACCGCUCACGCCAUACAGCCCCGUCACUGUCAUUCUUCCGUUGAUAUUCGUCAUUGGAGUCUCGCUCAUCAAAGAAGCGAUUGAGGACUGGCGUCGGCAUGGGGCCGACGUGGAGAUCAACAACCGCAAGGUGUUGCGGCACAGCGGCGGAGGGCAGCUGGAGUCGGUGCGGUGGCGCGACCUGCGCGUAGGGGACGUGGUGAAGGUGGAGAAGGACGCAUUCUUCCCCGCGGACCUGCUGUUCCUGUCGUCCAGCUCAGAGGAGGCGUCCUGCUACGUGGAGACCAUGAACCUGGACGGGGAGACGAACCUGAAGGUGCGGCGCGCGCUGGAGCAGACACUGCAGGUGCACAGCGACCUUGCCAGCUUCAAGGACGCGCACAUCAAAUGCGAGGACCCAAACCCGUCCCUGUACACGUUUGUGGGCACCUUGGAGUGGAAGGAGCAGACCACUUCCAUCCCGCCCGCAUCCAUCCUGCUGCGAGACUCUAAGCUGCGCAACACGGAGUGGGUGGUUGGGGCGGUCAUCUUUGCGGGGCACGACACGAAGGUGAUGCAGAACGCGACGGACCCGCCCAGCAAGCGCAGCAGCCUGGAGCGCCAGAUGGACAAAAUCAUUCUCGCGCUCUUUGCGUGGCUCUUCGUCAUGGCCUUCAUCACCGGGCUGGUCUACGGGCUGCUGACGAAGCGCGCGAUGCCUGGCGCGUUCUACCUGGGUCCGUUCCAGCACGAGGUGUACUGGGACCCCGACCGCGCGGCAGUGAGCGGCAUCACGCAGUUCGUUACGGCCUUCAUCCUGUACGGGUACCUCAUCCCCAUCUCGCUUUACGUCACCGUCGAGAUCGUCAAGGUCAUCCAGGCCUUCAACAUCUCGCAGGACCGCACUAUGUACUAUCCCGAGACGGACCAGCCCACCAACUGCCGCACGUCCAACUUGAACGAGGAGCUCGGACAGAUCGACACCAUCCUGACGGACAAGACGGGCACCCUGACGUGCAACCAGAUGGAGUUCUUCAAGUGCAGCAUCGCGGGGGUCACCUACGGGACUGGCCAAACGGAGGUAGAAAAAGCGGCCAUCAAGCGCCUCAAAGCGGAGGGCCGCUGGCACGGCGACGAAGAGUCUGGGGGCGCCGGCGAGCUCUCCCCGACCUCCUCGCCCGCCUCCAACGGCGCUCCCCCGCCACCGCUCUCAAUUGGAGAAAUCGAAGCGGGGCCCACUGACGCUGGUUCGGACGGGCGGGGCAACUUGCCGGGCGCAAUCAGCAGCCCAAAGGGCUCCGCAAACGGCUCUGUCGGUGCGCCCCGGCCGUUGUCCCCGAGCAGCGGGACGGUGUCGUCGCCGGUACGGUCCCCGCGCGCGAAGCGCAAGGGGUUUAAUCUGGUGGACGAGCGGCUGCAGGGGGGGCACUGGCUGGAAGAGGCGGACCCCGGCACGCUGCGCAUGUUCUUCCGUGUGCUCGCUGUGUGCCACACGGCCAUCCCGGAAGGGGAGCCAACGCGCGACAAGAUCAUCUACCAAGUCGAGAGCCCCGACGAGGGCGCGCUCGUCGAGGCGGCCGCCGCGUUCGGCUUCUUCUUCUACCGGCGCACGUCGAGCGCGGUGUUUGUCUCAGAGCCUUCAGAGAGCGAGGACGGCAAGGAGGUCGAGUGCAAGUAUGAGAUUCUGAACCUGCUCGAGUUUGACAGCACGCGCAAGCGCAUGAGCGUCAUUGUCAAGGACCCCGCCGGCAAAAUCCUGCUGCUCACCAAGGGUGCCGACAAUGUGAUCUACGAGCGUUUGGGCUCCUCGGGUCGCCAAUAUGCGGCGGCCACCAAGGAGCACCUGGAGCAGUACAGCCAGGCCGGCCUGCGCACACUCUGCUUCGGCUUCCGCGUCCUGGACCCCGCCGAGUACAAGGCCUGGAGCAAGACGUACGACGCUGCCAAGGCAAUCGUGGGCCCUGACCGUGGUCAAAAGGUGGACGAGGCCGCGGAGGAGAUUGAGCGCGACCUGACGCUGCUGGGCUGCAGCGGCGUGGAGGACAAACUGCAGGCAGGCGUGCCCGAGACCAUCGACAAGCUCGCCAAGGCGGGGCUGAAGAUCUGGGUGCUGACGGGCGACAAGGUGGAGACGGCGAUCAACAUCGGGUACGCGUGCAGCCUGCUCCGCCAGGGCAUGGACCGCAUCCUCGUCACGCUCGAUCGGCCCGAGGUCGCGGCCGCGGACGAGGCGGGCGACAAGGACAAGCUCUUUGAAGUAUCGAUGCGGCUGACAGUGGAGCAACUGGAGGCCGGGCUGGCGCGCAUUGCGGCGCUGCGCAAGAAGGAGACCGAAAACCCGGAUGCGGCGCCGGGCGUGUUUGCGCUGGUGAUCGACGGCAAGAGCCUUACCUUUGCGCUGGACGCGCAGAACAAGGACAAGUUCCUGGAGCUGGCGCAGGCGUGCGCGGCCGUCAUCGCGUGCCGCGUGUCGCCCAAGCAAAAGGCGCUGGUGACGUACUUGGUGAAGGAGGCGCUGGGCAAGAUCUGUUUGGGCAUUGGGGAUGGCGCCAACGACGUAGGCAUGAUCAACGCAGCGGACAUUGGGGUGGGCAUCAGCGGCUUCGAGGGCACGCAGGCGGUGAUGGCGAGCGACUUUGCGAUCGGGCAGUUCCGCUUCUUGGAGCGGCUGCUGCUGGUGCACGGGCGGUGGUGCUACCGGCGCAUUGCGCUGAUGAUCAGCUACUUCUUCUACAAAAACGUCACCUUCGGCCUCACGCUCUUCUUCUUCUCGCGCUACGCCUUCUUCAGCGUGCAGCCCAUCUACGACGACUGGUAUCUGACGUUCUACAAUCUGAUCUUCACGUCGCUGCCCGUGAUUGCGGUGGGCGUGCUGGACCAGGACGUGGGCGCGGCCACCAGCCUGGCCUUCCCCGCGCUGUACCUGCAGGGGCAGUCCAACUCGUACUUCUCCUGGUCCAAAAUCUCCGCCUGGAUGUUGAACGGCAUCUACGCAUCGCUGAUCAACUACUACCUGAUCAUCCAAGGCUGCACCAACCAGGCGUUUGCGCGCAACGGCCGCUCGUUGGGCAUGUAUGACAUCGGGACGACCAUGUACACGAGCAUUCUGUGGACUGUCACGUUCCAGAUGUGCGUGGCCAUCGGGUAUUGGACGUGGAUCCAUCAUUUGUUCAUCUGGGGCAGCAUGGCGCUCUGGUACCUCUUCUGCCUCGCCUACAACGCGCUGCCCACCAACAUCUCGCCCAACGUGCACAAGACGCUCGUCGAGCGGCUGGCCCCCGCGCCCGCGUUCUGGCUGCUGUGCCUGCUGGUCCCGACUGUUGCGGUGCUGCCCGACUUCAUCUACCGCUGCGGGCAGCGCCUGCUCAAGCCGCUGGACGUGCACAUCGUCCAGGAGGUGGAGAAGUCGGAGCUGUUCAAGCGCGACCCCGCGGCGUGGCAGGCCAUGGCGGCGCACGCGCAGAAGGACACGGGUGUCGGCUUCUCGCGCGCGGUCGACGACAUGGUGGCGGGCGUGACCAAGCUGCCGAAGCGCGUGCUGGGGCUGGUGCGCAAGAAGAAGGGCGCGCGGAAGCGGCAGCCGGCCGCGGGGGCGAGCCUCGAGAUGCCGCCCUCUGAGGCGCGGCAUCCGGUUUGAGCUAGGUGAUUGCUUUACCUUUUACGAAGUGUUUAGAGCGCCACUCGCAGGUAUGCAAACCUCAGUUUUGGCGGGAAAGCCAUUGAAGUGCGCUAUUGAGAGACGUUGCGCCCGGAUAUUAGUCGAUUGCUGCAGUUGAACAUGUUGUAUGUAUAUCGUACCGGUAACCUACAUAAGCAAGCUUGAGCAACAUGUAGAGUUCAAGUGCACGUGGGUCCACUGACUUCAGCCAUUGAUGGUGUGAUUAUGUCAACAUUACUUUGAUUAAAUACUAGCUCCGAGA